CAAGAUUGCGCUGCGCCUCAUGAAGAGCGAUGCCAUGCGGGCCGUGGGAGCGAAACCUUGGAACAUCCCUCUGAAAUCGUGCGUCUCGGAAGGAGAAGUGUGGAGCGAUCCCUACCUGACCUGCCUUGUACGGCACUUGGCUCACACCACGUGGCACGCCUGCUGCACGUGUCCCAUGGGCUCGGAUGAAAGAGCCGUAGUGGACUCUAAGCUAAGGGUUCGGAGUUUGAAGAACCUGCGCGUCGUGGACGCAUCUGUCAUGCCAACGAUAGUAACUGGAAAUCUGAACGCGCCUACCAUGAUGAUUGCCGACAAAGCAUCAGCCAUCAUUCUUCAAGAUAAUCCGUAGUUCACAUUACUGGCCUAUCAAACACAAGCUUGGUUCUUUCUCUCAUCGUUGGGGCUACGUUGACAAAGCGAAGUAAAAAUACGGAGCUGCUAGAACGUUGGAUUUUGUAGUAUAUGA